AUGCUAAAAACAAGCCAAAUUUCAGAAGACGAAGAAAACUCCUCUGAGACUUCAGAAAACAACCAUUCUACUGUUUACAAUCAAACUCUUAUCUCUGAUUUUGGCCUUUCUUAUAAAUCCUAUCAGUUUCUUCAAAGACUAUCAUUAGGUGCUCAAUUUAUAAGGCAAGAGCCAAUCGAGUUUAUCCUGUUCCACCUUUGCCAAGUCUCGAAAUCUCUAAACCUGUCUGAGCUUGAAAUUGUAUGGUUUGGCAUUUACUUAUCAAGAUUUGGUUGAACUGAUUAUGAUUACUCCUUAGAAAACGUUUUAAAUUUCACAGCAUUUGCAACGAAAUCGGUGCUUAACGAAAAUUGUGACGGGAUUGAGCAGGAUUUGCAGAAAGACUUUCCUGGUUUUUUAGAAGAGUAUCGAACUUGGUUUGGGAAAAAUAAGCAUUUAUUGAAUAUUGGAUACUUUGAAUUGAACUCGAAGUAUGAAGAACUUAGUUACGUGAAGCCUGAUAAUGAUGAAAGAACUGCAAUUGACUAUAACUUUUAUGUGUCACAGCUGUUGGAAAGUAAUAAUAAUAUUAAGCAAGAAGAUUAA